CUCACCGUUUAGACUACAAUAAUACAAAUUUAAAUUUUAAUCGAAACAAUGGAAGUUGGUGGCGAUGAGCAGGCGGCGGGGGCUACCAAAAAACAUUUACGAAAAACCUAUAUAGUGACCAUCGUAAUGUUGAUUGUUGGCCAAGUGCAGGUAGCCGGCCUAAUGGAAGUCACAGCCAUAAAAAGUUUUUUGGAACGCCAUUACUAUGUCAGUCUUUUGCAAUUUUUUGUUAGUUUUAUAUCCAUACAGCUUUAUGUAUUCUUUUAUCAUGUAAUUGUACAAAAACCAGCUUAUAUACGCAUUUUAGCCGGCCUCUGGACGUUUGAAUCAAAUACUAUAUCGAUAAUGAAGCCAGCCAAGACAGCGCCCUACACUGGGCUUAUGAUAUCUUGGGUAAUGACUUUUCUUAUGAUGGGCAUUGGCGUGCUCUAUGGGAAUCUAGCAGUACGCCAUCGACGUGGACUCUUUAUAUCGCGCCAUAAUGUCAUACGCUGGAGCGAACGUCUCUUUGUGCUCACCAGCUUUGGCAUUAUAGUCUGCUCGGAAAUGCGACGUGUGUCCAUAGAAUUUCCCACACUGCUUGUCUACACGCUAAUGUCAAAUGUUUUUGUCAUCAUAUUUGCCGCCUCCAUACGCAGGCCACAAUUCUAUCAUGCAAAUACUCGCGCCGAUUAUAUACUCAUAGGUCAGCUAUAUUAUUUGAAUUUCUAUGCGCUCUAUAUGGGCUUCGUAUGGACCAUUGCCGCAGGCUUGCUCUGGAUCAAAUAUGAUAUCGAUAAAAAGGUAUUCGAUAAGAAGUCUGAUUAGGACGCAUGCGUUGCAAAUGAAUUCGCACAGCUGUGGCUACGCACACACACACACUUUAUCCUUUGGCAGCAGCAACCACAAGCAAUGCAAAUCAACAAACAUUCUGUCUGCUUGGCCAGUUACUUUGGCCAAACUUACGUCACAGACGCAACGCUGUAAACAGUUGGUUUGUCUUACGCUGCUGUUCGGUCGUUUGGUCGCUCGUGUUGUUGCUUGAAAAUCGAUAAAAGUUUUAACUGCCAUCCAAACACUCGUUGGCGUAGCACAUGUAAAACUUUGUAAUUUAAACAAUAACCAUAACAAUGUAAUAAAUGCAUUACUGUGUGAA